AUGAAAAUAUGGAGUGUUACACAAUUGACAAUCUUGGGCAAGGUAUCAGUAGCGAAUAUUCUGGAGGCUCAGAAAUCAAAACUCAACGGUGAAGUUCACAAAGCGGAAACUUCGAAAAGAGGUGAGGAGAGAUUUUGCUCAGUCAGGGAACAAGUAAAUGUCAAUCAAGAACAAAUUGAAUCAAAAACAAGCAAAGACAGAAGAAGAAGAAGAAGAAGGAGGAGGGACAUACUUAGAAAAAAGAAAAAAGCAUGGAUUAAGAGGAAAAAAGAGAAGAAUCGGAGCUGUUCCUGUAAGCACAAGAAAGGAACAGAAAAUCAGGUACGAAGUUUUGAUGAUUCUGAUUUAAUAGGUGAUGAGGCAGAUAUAGAUAAUUGGAGAUUAAUACAUGGGGACGCUAGAGAAAUUGCAAAGGACGUAUGGAAUUUAGGCAAAGACAUUGGGCUAAUUCAUAAGGGAGAAGAAGGCGAAUUAGUUCAAGAACUGGUAGCUGGGGGAUCCAACGAUUUUGAAUUUGCAUUCAAAUCAUCAGAUGGAAGAUCUGGGGGAAUACUGGUCGUUUGGAAUAAGAACAUGCUUUCGAUUAAGAACACCGAAGUACUAGAACAUGCUCCAUGGCUGGAAGGGGAAUGGGGGGUUGAAAACAUUUCGGUCACCAUUGUUGUGGUGUACGCUCCGUGUGACAGAAGAAAAAAAUUUGUUUUAUGGAAUGAAUUACUCUCCAAAAUCAACCGCAAGAGGGAUGAUAGAAUAUGUUUGAUUGGGGAUUUCAAUGCUAUAAGAGAUGUCUCCGAAAGGAGAGGAGGAAUUGUAGCUGGAUGUUUGAAUGAGAUCGCAGAAUUCGAUAACUUUAUAUCUGACGUAGAAUUGAUAGACAUACCUAUCCAAGAAUUUGAUAAAGGUGCCAAAUUAGCUGGAUGGGUAUCAAGGUGCAGGGGGUGGGGAAUGUUUGUACUAAAGGAGAAAUUUAAAAGGAUUAAAGAAUGUCUUAAGGAAUGGCAUAAGAAUCAUUGUCAAAAUCUGGAAGAUAGAAUUAAAGAGGAAAAGGAAAAACUCAAUAGAUUGGAAAUCCGAGGAGAAAGCAUCGGUUUGACUGAAGAAGAAUUAAUUGCCAGGAGCGAGAUUUCAUCAAAAUUUCACAAUCUAUCCAAUCUCAACUGUAGUUUGCAGUGGCAAAGGUCUAGAUCGAAAUGGUUGAAGGAAGGGGACGUGAAUUCCAAAUAUUUCCACAGUUAUAUUAACAAAAGAAGAAAAGACAAUGAGAUCUUAUGCCUUGAUAUAAACGGAAGAAAGGUCACGGAGGUGAAGGAAAUCAAGGACGCUUUAUGUGAUCAUUCAAGCCGCCAGUUUGCAGGCAGAGAAACUAGAGUAAUCCCGGAGAAUCUAUCUUUCAACCAUAUUGAAGAUUCUCAUAAUGAAGAAUUGGUAUGCAGAUUUUCGGAAGAAGAAAUUAGAAGAGCAGUGUGGGAAUGUGAUAGUGAUAAAAGCCCAGGUCCGGACGACGUUAAUUUUGGAUUUGUGAAAGAAUUUUGGGAGGAAAUAAAACAAGAUUUCUUAAGGGUUUUGAGGGAAUUUCACGAACAUGGCAGAAUGGUAAAAGGCGCAAACAGUUCUUUUAUUGUGUUGAUAACUAAGAAGAGUAAUCCAUCAAAAAUUUCAGAUUACAGGCCGAUUGCGUUAAUUGGAUGCAUUUACAAAGUGAUAUCCAAAGUUCUCGCAAAUAGAUUAAAGAAAGUGAUUGGAGUAAUCAUAUCUGAGUCCCAGUCAGCUUUCUUAUCAAAUAGGUAG